AUCUUUGUAAAGUGGAACAUCUUGGCGUUCCCUCUCAGCUCUGUAGCCCUCGAUCGUCACCAUGUGCUAACGGGACAGCGCAGCGCCUCGAUGGGAUCAUACUCGCCUGCUGCAGACUUUUGUUUUGAAAUGGAUUCCAAAAAAUGUGUCCCAGUCGCAUGUGAAUACCUGCUGUAAAUGCUUUGGGGGACCUUUCUUAAAGAGAAGCAUUUAGGAGUCACAACUUUUUGAUCCACGAACAAAAAAAUGCUAAUUUCCUCCUCACAGGAAGCUUUAAACCCGACCCGGCCGAUAGACGCCCCCCCCCAUCAGACUGUCUAAACACAUGCGGGAUACCGGAACCUCAAAGCCCAAAUUGCUUGUGGAUGUGACGGCUUUUGUGUGUCUCUUUGCCGCCCGCAGGACACGACGCACGCGGCCCGAAGGCCGGACCGGGUCUCACGGGGGGCUCUCAGGCCCUCCCCGUCACCUCACCCGGUGAGAGGCUCUCCGCGUUUACCGCGACGUUCCACGGAGAGCAGACUGUAAACAUCCGACAUUCACACCCUGCGGAGGGCUCGGACCACCUGGUGGAAGAAGAAGAAGAAGCCGCUCAGCUGAUUCUUCCUGCUUCACACAGAACUGAACCAAUCACUCGUGAACCUGAGGCUAAACGGGACGUGACGUGCUGUUUGCUCUCCUGGAUCAAUGUUCACGGUCAGGUGCAUUUUGGGAAUCUCUGCAAAAAAAUUGACUUCUCUUCCAGUUUGGAGACAACCGAUCGAGCCACAGAGCAGGAUGUCCUCUUCGGCUCGCCCGCUGGCCGCGGUCUGUCAGCUGACAGUCACCUCGGACAAAGAGGCCAACUUCUCCGCCUGUGAGCGGCUGGUGGAGGAGGCCAAGGAGCGGGGCGCCUGCAUGGUCUUCCUCCCGGAGAACUUCGACUACAUCGGAUCCAGUCCGGAGGAGACGCUGUCGCUGUGCGAGAGCCUGACGGGAGAAACCGUCUCGAGAUACACUCGGCUGGCCAGGAAGUUGGGAGUGUGGUUGUCUCUCGGAGGAUUUCACGAACGGGGACAUGACUGGGAGUCGGACAGACGAAUCUACAACACUCACGUCAUAAUUGAUGAUAAAGGUGGCGUCGUCUCGGUUUACAGGAAGUCCCACCUGUUUGACGUGGAGCUGCCGGAAAAAGGAGUCUCCCUCAAAGAGAGCGCCUUCACCCUCCCCGGACCCUCCCUCGUGCCUCCGGUCCAAACCCCCAUCGGCAAGGUGGGCCUGGCCACCUGCUAUGAUUUGAGAUUCCCCGAGUUAUCGCUGGCUCUGCGGCGGCGCGGGGCGGAGGUCCUGACCUUUCCUUCGGCCUUCACCGUGGCGACGGGAGCAGCUCACUGGGAGGUGUUGCUCCGCGCACGGGCCAUCGAGAACCAGUGCUUCGUGCUGGCGGCGGCGCAGGUCGGCCGGCACAACGAGAAGCGGCGGUCGUACGGCCACGCGCUGGCGGUGGACCCGUGGGGCGAGGUGCUGGCCGACUGCGGGGGGGAGGAGCCCGGCGUGGCGCUGGUGGAGAUCGACCUGGAGAAGGUGGCCGGCACCAGGAGGAACAUGCCGGUCCAGCGGCACCGCAGGGACGCCUCUUUCUAUCGCGGUCUGGAGGAGAGUUGACCCGCGAGGGAAGCGCGAUGAAUAGAAACACGAUCAAUUAAUCUAGUCGGAAGGAGGUGAAAGUGGAGCCUCAUCUUCUGUUUUAACCUGUAUGUCGUCUGGUCAUCGCUGCAGUGGAUAAUCUCAGUUGUGUUUUUAAAGCUCACUCAGGACCAAUAAAAUCAGCUCAUGUUGGUUACUGGAUGAUGCUGUUGGGUGAUAGAAAUAUUAAAAACAGGAGGAAAUGAUGGUAAAACA